AUGAUAGCUGCCGGAGGCGGCGGCUCACCAGCCCCAGCUUCAAAGAAUACCCCCAAGAGCGAGGAAUCCACAAAAACAUCCGUAUCCCACGGUCGUGAUGCACAACUACAGUCAUCCGGCGAGAGAUCCCCCGGUAACAAGUCUGCCAUAGAAGAGACUGAGGAAGGAACAAAGGACGAUGUCAUUCCUCUUACAGAAGCAAGCACCGAGACGAUGGAAGCGCAGUCUGGUCUGUCCAACCAAGAAGCCGCUCCAGAACCAGACAACGUUGCAGACUCGAACAUACACACCUCAUCAAAGGACGAGAUCGGAUCACCCCUCGUAUCUACUGAAGCGACAACUGCUACCACUUCAACUCCAGUUGACCUCACGGAUGACAACGACGAAGAGGCAGCAAACCCAUCAUCUACGACUACGACGUCUGGGCGCUCCACUCCAGAGAGACAGCUUGCUCAGCUGAAGCUAGAUGAUGAGAAAUUUCGCACCCCAGAACGCUCAACUCCUAAAGCGACACCGCAUUCACUCGAGAAUACUACCCGAAAGACCCGAGGCGACGCCAAACGUGAGAAGCUAGAGAGUGAGAAGAAGAAUCGCUGUAACCUCGUUCCCCUCACAGCAGAAUGGGAAGAAAAGGUCCGACACACUUUGCGACACGGACAUGGGGAAUACCAGUCGACAGACUUUGCCCGUGUUGUUCCUCCCACUACAAACAACAAUGGCACCGCCGCGUGGCUCAAUGACGAAGUGAUCAACGGAUACCUCGGACUCGUCGUCAAGCACGGCCGAGCAGACGAUCGCCCAACUCAAACCCCGUCAUACCACAACUUCUCAACAUUCUUCUACAACACCCUUGUUCAAAAAGGGUACGAAGGUAUCAAGCGCUGGGCCAACCGUGCAAAGAUCGGCGGAAAGAGCCUCCUUGAGGUUCAGUCGGUCUUCAUCCCAAUCAACAGCGGCGCCCAUUGGACGCUGCUUGUCGUGUCCGGAAAGGACCGUAGUGCAACGCACUACAAUUCGAUGAGCGGAACGGCGACAAGUACAUCGCUGCCAUCAAGAUCUGGCUUGCGGGCGAGCUCGGCGCCCACUACAACGAGAAGGAGUGGACGUUCAAAGAGCAGGGCGAAAGCCCAGUCCAGUCCAACAUGGACGACUGCGGCGUGUUCACCAUCACGUCCGCCCGGCAGAUCAUGCUGGGCUUAA